GCGAUCCGGGUCUUUUGCUUUCUUCAUCGUCGAAAGAGGGGGGAAAUCUCGAGCUAGGGUUAGGGUUUCGGGGAGCUCGGAGCGGGCGGCCAUGGCGAUGAGAGCGUUCUAUAACGAGAUCAAGGGGAUGAAGGUGAGGGAACUCCCGGGCUACCUGAAGCCGAAGCUCACGUGGGAGCACAUCAAGAAGACGACCGACCAGGCCGUGGACCGCUACAUCGAGAAGUACAUCGAGACCAGCUCCGUCGAGCCCCUUUUCCACGUCUGCAUCGGUGGCAUGAUCUUCUCGUACCUCGUCGCCCUCCCCGAGGAGCGCCGCCACCUCGAGCACCAGCAGAAGCACGCCGCAGGCGGCCAUUGAUUUCUGAUAUUAUCCUCCCAGUCACAAUUUCUACCAGUAUCGGCGAGGAAAUCAUGUUUGCAAACUCCCAACUCAAACAGCUACGUGCAUCGAUCUCGCCGAGUAUUAUGCAGCACUCAAUGUUCUCUAUUAAGAGAUUGACGGCUA